CGCCCCGCGCGCGCGGAGGGGAUGGAACGUUGCUAGAGUUGGCGGGUCUCGCUCCAGGCGGCAGGAGCCUCCCGCUUCGGCCCGCUGCGCUCUUAAGCGGGAAUCCGGGAGGCGGGCAAGUCUGCAAUUAGUGCACAUAUUUUAAAUCCCGGAAUCCGUGGACGCCAUGCACCGGAAACACCUCCAGGAGAUUCCCGACCAGUCGAGCAACGUGGCCACCACCAGCUUCACUUGGGGAUGGGAUUCUAGCAAGACUUCGGAGCUGCUGUCAGGCAUGGGGGUCUCCGCCCUGGAGAAGGAGCGGGUGGACAGUGAGAACAUCCCCCAGGAACUGCUCUCCAACCUGGGCCACCCGCAGGGCUCCCCGAGAAAACGGCUGAAGAGUAAAGGGAAUGACAAGGACUUUGUGAUCAUCCGCAGACCCAAGCUAAAUCGAGAGAACUUCCCAGGUGUUUCCUGGGACUCGCUUCCAGACGAGCUGCUCUUAGGCAUCUUCUCCUGCCUGUGCCUCCCGGAGCUCCUCCACGUGUCCUGCGUCUGUAAGAGGUGGUACCACCUGGCGUUCGACGAGUCCCUGUGGCAGACCCUGGACCUCACCGGCAAAAACCUGCACCCGGAGGUGAUUGGCCGGCUGCUGUCCCGAGGGGUGGUGGCCUUCUGCUGCCCGCGAUCCUUUGUGGACCAACCGUUAGUUGAACAUUUCAGCCCUUUCCGCGUGCAGCACAUGGACCUGUCCAACUCGGUCUUCGAGGUGUCCACCCUGCAGGGCAUCCUGUCCCUGUGCUCCAAGCUGCAGAACCUCAGCCUGGAAGGCCUUCAGCUCUCGGAUCCCAUUGUCAAUAACCUCGCUCAGAACUCAAAUUUAGUGCGACUUAACCUUUCUGGGUGUUCUGGCUUCUCCGAAUCCGCCCUGAAGACUUUGCUGAGUAGCUGUUCCAGGCUGGAUGAGCUGAACCUCUCCUGGUGCUUUGACUUCACUGAGAAGCACGUGCAGGUGGCGGUGGCGCACGUGUCAGAGACGGUCACCCAGCUGAACCUGAGCGGCUACCGCAAGAACCUCCAGCGGUCAGAUUUCUCCACCUUAAUUGGAAGAUGCCCCAAUCUUGUCCACCUAGACUUAAGUGACAGCGUCAUGCUGAACCACGAGUGCUUCCCCGAGUUCUACCAACUCAACUACCUCCAACACCUGUCGCUCAGUCGGUGCUACGAUAUAAUACCUGAGACUUUACUUGAACUUGGAGAAAUUCCCACACUGAAAACACUACAGGUUUUUGGAAUCGUGCCAGACGGUACCCUUCAGCUGUUAAGGGAAGCCCUGCCUCACCUCCAGAUUAACGGUUCCCACUUCACCACCAUCGCCAGGCCGACCGUGGGCCUCAAACUCCACCCGGAGAUCUGGGGCAUCCGCUGCCGACUGACACUGCAAAAGCCCAGCUGUCUGUGAAGUGUGCUUUGCAAGGUGCUGUCUCC